UCUUUCCUUUUUCUUUUGGAGAGGACACUGACUGCGUUUUAUUUUGGAGGCAUUGAAUUUUAUUUUGGAGACACUGAAUUUGGAGUCCUGGAAUCCCUUGCCUUUUGCAGCAAGGGGUCAAAAUGUGCACCUUUCCUUCCUUCCUUUUUCUUUUGGAGAAGGGGACACUGAAGAUGUUGAAUUUUCUUUUGGAGAUACUGGAUUUGGAGUCCUCUUUCUGCAGGAGGGAAGAAAAGUGUGUUUUAGUUUGGAAGGAGGAGGGAACACUGGCAGUUCUGAAUCCUGGACUUGCUUGCUUUCUGUAGGAGGCAGGCAAGCCAUGCACUUUCUCUUCUUUUGGAGGGAGUGGGGGAAACCCUGAAUGUGGAAUUCCUUUCCUUUGGCAAGAGGGAGGAGAGCUGUGCACCUUUUCCCUCCUUCCCUUCCCUUGAGUUUGGAGGAAGGAGGGACCACUGGAUUUUGGGAGUCCUGAAACUCCUUGCUUUUCUUCAGGAGGGAAGCAAGGCUUGUCCUGUUCCCUCCUUCCCUUUUUCUAUAUUUUGUAGAGGGAAGGAAACCUUUGGAUUUUUGUCUCCUGGAAUCCUUUGCCUUUUGCUGGAGAGAGGCAAGGUGUGCGCAUUCAUUCCCCUGCUUCCUUUGUCUUUGGUUUUCUUGCUCUGUUUCUGGAUUUUGAACUUUGGCAAAGUCCCUCCAGUUCCUGUUAACUUUAAACUUUGGCAAAGUCUCCUUGGGGAACUUUCAACUUUUUCAAAGACUCACCAACUCCUUUGGAACCUAAAACUUUGGCAAAGUCUUUCCAAGAAGCUUGGAGGCACCAUUCUCCCUCCAGCCCCCAAAGUUUGAAGGAUCCCAAAGCAGAGGGCAGUCUUCCUUGGCAAGGGGGCUAGAGGACCCCCAAGGCAUCUGAGGCCAAAGCCAGCUCCCUGCCCAAGGGACCAGCUUGGCUAAAGAGAUGCCCAGAGCCAUGCUCUUCCUCCGGCCACUGCGAUGACUUCGAGGGACUCCAAGGAAGGCAAGCUGACAGUCAUGGCCCUGGGUCCCCAAGCAACCGCAGUGGGGCUCUUGGUUCUCCAACUCGCCCUGGGGCUUGAAGGGAACAAGCUGCAUCCUGGCAUGCCAAACGUUUGCGCCGGUCGAGAAUUGGCGAUGGUCAGCCACUGGCAGCCACGCAUCCAAGCCUUCACCCGUUUCGUGAAAGUGUGGAAGCCAAGCUGUGGCGGGCAGCCCUGGUGCGGGGGCUAUGAACGGAGGGUGGUGUAUUAUAUGGACAACAGGCAGAUUUACACCACGCAGUACCAGACGGUGUACCGUUGCUGUCCUGGAUGGUCCCAACUCAAUGAUAACUCAGGAUGCCUUUAUCCCGUCUGCAACUACGGCGUGUGUUUCAACGGAGGAAAAUGUAUGGAAGGAUCGUCCCAGGUCUGCCACUGCCCUUCAGGUUUCCAAGGGCCCUGCUGCCAGUAUGAUGUGAAUGAAUGUGAAACUGGGAACGCAGGGUGCGAAUCUGAAUGCUGCAACACCAUCGGGAGUUUCUACUGCAAAUGCCCAGACGGACUGAAGCUAAAGGAUGAUGGAAAGGCAUGCGAAGAUGUUGACGAAUGCCAAGUUCACAACGGGGGCUGCCAGCACAGAUGUGUGAACACACUGGGAUCCUAUUACUGCGAGUGCAAGCCGGGGUCUCGCCUGCACACAGAUGGCAGGACCUGCCUUGCCAUCAACACCUGUGCCAUCAACAACGGCGGAUGCGAACACGACUGUGUGCAGCUUACUGUCUCUCAACACCAGUGCCGCUGCCGGCAAAAUUUCCAGCUGAAGGAGGAUGGGAAACAUUGCGUUUUGAGAAAUGCAUGUGCGGACAGAAAUGGUGGCUGUAUGCACAAAUGCCAGAACCGCCGUGGGGUGGCGCAUUGCGAGUGCCACCCUGGAUACAGACUGGCCGCUGAUAACAAAGCAUGCGAAGAUAUCAAUGAAUGUAUGAUGGGCAUGGCCCUGUGUGUACAUGGCUGCCUUAAUACCCGCGGCUCCUUUAAAUGCACAUGUAACCCGGGGUACGAACUGGGAGCAGAUGGCAAGCAGUGUUACCGAAUAGAAAUGGAGAUUGUGAACAGUUGCGAGACCCACAAUGGGGGCUGUUCCCACCUUUGCCAUCACACCAGCUCUGGCCCCAUCUGCAGCUGCAACUUGGGAUACCAGCUGGAUGAAGACAAGAAAACUUGCAUUGAUACAGAUGAGUGCGUUGCCGGUUCUCACUGCUGCCAACAAGACUGUUACAACUACCCAGGAGGCUAUGAAUGUGUUUGCUAUGCUGGCUAUAGGCUCAGCACAGAGGGCUGCGGUUGUGAUGACGUGGAUGAGUGCUCUUCAAAUAACGGCGGCUGCGAACACUUGUGCCAAAACCUCGUGGGCUCUUUCCACUGCAGUUGUCAGAUUGGCUACAAACUGGAUGAAGACCGACGGAGCUGCAUUUUACUUGAGGGACCUGUGGAGGCCCUGGAUGGCCACUACCCCGUCGUCCGUCCUCUCCCCCACGUGGCCGUCCUCCGGGAUGAGUUCACCCAACUGUUUGACGACUAUGAUGAAGAAGAGGAAGUAGUGGAAGCAAGAGGAGAGCACACAUUGUCUGAGAAGUUCAUCUGUUUGGAUGAGACCUUUGGCCACGACUGCAGCCUGGUUUGUGAGGAUUGCCAGAACGGAGGUGUUUGCAACGAAGAGCGGACCGGCUGCAACUGUCCAGAUGGCUGGAGUGGAAUCCUCUGCAAUGAAACUUGUCCAGAAGGCACCUUUGGCAAGAAUUGCAGUUCGACAUGUCUCUGCCAAAAUGGAGGCACGUGCGACCCAAUGACGGGGACCUGCCGAUGCCCACCGGGGGUGAGCGGAGCGCAUUGCGAAGACGGCUGCCCCAAAGGGUUCUUUGGGAAGCACUGCCGGAAGAAAUGCAACUGUGCUAACAGGGGACGCUGCCACCGGAUUUAUGGAGCCUGCCUCUGUGACCCUGGCCUCUACGGACGAUAUUGCCAUCUUGCUUGCCCAAAGUGGGCCUAUGGCACCAGCUGCUCCGAGGAAUGCCAGUGCGUGCAGCAGCACACCCAGGACUGCGACAAAAAGGAUGGCACCUGUCUCUGCAAACCUGGCUACCAUGGCAAAAAGUGUCAAGCAAGAUGCGACCCAGGCUAUUAUGGUGCCAAGUGCAAGAGCAAAUGCGAUUGCCCAGCCAGCGCACCUUGCGAUCAUGUCAAUGGCGAAUGUCAAAAGGUCUGUGAUGAGGGCUACCAUGGAGAAACUUGUAACCAAGAAUGUCCUGAAGGGAAGUUUGGGGUGAACUGCCUACAGUCCUGUACCUGCAAUGGUUCACCUUGCAGCCGAUUCAAUGGCCAAUGUCACUGUGUCCCUGGCAAGACUGGCAUGGAUUGUGCCCAAGAUUGCCCUGCAGGUCACUGGGGACAAGGCUGCCAGGAGAUCUGCCCAGACUGUAAGAACAACGGCCGCUGCGACCCUACCACCGGCGUGUGCCUCUGCACUCCUGGAUAUACAGGCAGCCUUUGUCAGGAUGUGUGUCCACCUGGUUUAUUCGGUCAAGAUUGUCAACUGCAUUGCAACUGUGGGAAUGAAGGAUACUGCCAUCCCGAGACGGGGAAGUGCAGCUGUGCCUCAGGAUGGACUGGCUACAAUUGCCAAAGAGCCUGUGGCGCUGGCCGCUGGGGUCCUGAUUGUGCCAACACUUGCAACUGCAGCAACAGUGAUGGGAGCUGCAACUCCAUGACUGGGCAGUGUCUCUGUGAGGCUGGCUAUACUGGGAUCCGCUGUGAUCAGAAGUGUCCUGAAGGGUGGUUUGGUCUGAACUGCCGACACAGAUGUCAGUGCGACAACGCGGCCGUCUGCGAUCAUGUCAGUGGAGCCUGCGCAUGCGCUCCUGGCUGGAGGGGGACAUUUUGUGAGCAUGCCUGCCCUGAUGGGUUUUAUGGGGUAGAGUGUCGGCGCACUUGCCAGUGCCUGAAUGGUGCCCACUGCGAUCCUGUGACCGGACGCUGCACUUGUCCUGCGGGCUGGAUUGGCCCAAACUGCAACCAAACUUGUCCGGCUCACCGCUAUGGGGAGAACUGCAGCCAGGAAUGCAGCUGUUCGAAUGGGGCUACUUGUGACCGUGUCAAUGGGGAGUGCCUCUGUGCCCCUGGAUGGAGGGGAGACACCUGCCUACAAGUGUGUCCAGAUGGCUUCUACGGAGCAGGCUGCCAACAACCAUGCCUCUGUCAACAUGGUGGGACGUGUGACCCAGUCACUGGGCGCUGCACAUGCCCUGAGGGUUGGAUUGGAUUGGCAUGCGAACUGGAAUGUCCCCAGGAAAAAUAUGGGCACGAGUGCCAAGAAAGCUGUGGCUGUCUUCACGGGGGACUGUGUGACCUGCAGACUGGGCAUUGCCAUUGCCGCACUGGCUGGAUUGGAGAGAAGUGCCAAAGCCCUUGCCCCGAGGGUACCUAUGGAGAACAGUGCAAGGAGUCAUGCGACUGUGAGCAUGGCGUCCCGUGCCAUCACAUCACUGGGGCCUGUGACUGCCUGCCAGGAUGGCGAGGGCAUCGCUGUGAGAAAGCCUGCCUGCCUGGCACUUUUGGGAAGGACUGUGCCACCGGCUGCAACUGUCCUCCAGGAACGCCUUGCAACCACAUCACAGGCGAAUGCGGCUGUCCUCCGGGAUUCAUGGGCCACGGCUGCGAGCAAUCCUGUCUGCCAGGGACCUUUGGACUCGAGUGUGCGCGGAUUUGCCAGUGCGCUGGAGUGAACCAUGACUGCCACCCAGUGACUGGAGAGUGUAUCUGUGCUCCGGGUUUCCAUGGCAUCAAUUGUCGGCAGAGAUGUCCAUUGGGACGCUAUGGCCCAAAUUGUGAAAGGCAAUGCAAAUGCAAGAAUGGGGGGCAGUGUGUGCCAACCACAGGAAUGUGCCAUUGCCCAGCUGGCUAUAUUGGAGCUGACUGCAGUACUACUUGCCCAGCCGGCCGCUAUGGUGCAGUCUGUGCCCUUGUGUGUUCCUGCGGCAAGAAUGCCACCUGCCAUCCUGUGACGGGUUUCUGCCUUUGCCCACCAGGAAAGACAGGCCCCAGCUGUGAACAUGGUUGUCCAAGGAACCGCCAUGGGCCUGGAUGUAAGCAAACUUGCGCCUGCAAGAACGGGGGGAUCUGCCUCGCGUCCGACGGCUCUUGCCUCUGUGGGCUUGGAUGGACGGGGCAGUUUUGCGAAUCAGGAUGUCCGCCAGGGAGGUACGGGGCCAACUGUCAGCUGAAUUGCACCUGCCAAAACAAUGCAACCUGUGAUCCAGUGACGGGGGUUUGCCGAUGUGGAAAAGGGCACUAUGGGAACUUAUGUGAACACAGUUGCCCAGCUGGCUACCAUGGAAUGGGUUGUCAAGAGCCAUGCGCCUGCCAGAAUGGAGCCGCGUGUGAUCCAGUGACAGGGGAAUGCAUUUGCCCCCCUGGCUUCCAUGGCUCCCAGUGUCAAAAAGGCUGUGAUGCAGGGAAAUAUGGGGAAAAGUGCCAGCACCAGUGCGAAUGCGAAGGGAACGCUGCUUGUGACCCAGCUACCGGACGCUGCUUAUGUCCCCCGGGGAAAACCGGCACAAAAUGUGAUGAAGACUGCCAACUGAAGAGAUAUGGCCCUGACUGUGCCAUGACUUGUGAGUGUUCCUCUGCCAAUGCCUACUGCAAUGCCCAGAAUGGACGAUGCCUUUGCCUUAAUGGGUACAUAGGGACAACGUGCCGAGAAGGAGGCCCACCUCAACUGCUAGCCAGCAGUAGGCAACAGCCAGAACAAAGUGAGUGGCGUCUCUUCCCCACUUUUAAAUAAUGAAGUUGCGCCACAUCAGAGGCUUUACUGGCAUCCUCCCAGGAUGGUCCCUCCAACUGUGAAGCACUAGGUCUAUGUACUCUGCUCCAAGGAAGACUUGACUUGGUGGCACGCCUGGAACGGACCCGUCUGUGCCCAUCUUGGCAUUGGCCCACAGCUCCGUGCCCUUGAGGAGUGGCACAACCGAACCUUUGGGGCGACUGGGAAUCCUGCACAGACUUUGCGUGGGCAUCUCAAGCGAGCAGACAUUACCCUCCAGAGAGGAAUAAUGCCAGUCUGCGUUGCCCACAAGUGGUUUGUUCAACGUAGCUGUUUGCUCCUGGAAGGGAGUGCGGCUUGUAAAUAGAAACUUAUUCUCAUUUUCUCAUCAUAGCCCAGUUCCAUAUUGAUGUAAAGAUAUAUUUAUGGGCGGGUAUGUUAACAAUGUCGUCUGGCUCGCUACUCAAAAUAGCCCUAUGGUAUUUUGUAGACGUCUGGAUGUAGUAGGAGGGUUGAGAAGCACCUGUAUGGACCGGUGAAUCAAAUCGGGUUGAGUAACACACAGAUGGGCCACUUGGCAGAGAGGGUUGGAGAGUAAGGAUGGGCACACAUUUCGUUUUCGGAUGCCAGGAACUUAAGAUAUAAAACAGGGGCAUAGAAAGCUUGUUCCAAAAGAGCCAAUAGAUAUUUUCGUUUUGGCCGUCUUACCUCGAUCAGGCCAAGAAAAUGUGACUUGACCAGGGUUAGGGAAACAUAGAGGCAACGUAUCUUGGCAGAUGGGUUGUAACUAAGAGUGGGGUGAGUGUUUUUACACACCGUAAGGUGGAGCAUCUCAUGCCUCUCACUGAAUCAUUGAGUCUAAAGGAACUGAACUUCAUAUCUGCUAAGAACGGAUGUUCUGCACCUCUGCUCUUUGUGGGUAAGUUUUCGGGGAUGGCAAGUCUCCCACCUAAGUUUUAACCAGGGCUGACCCUGCUUAGCUUCCCAGAUCAGAUGGCAUCCAGUGCCUUUAGAGCAUUUAGGCCACAAUCAACGUUUGUUUCAACCGUUCAGGCCUUUCCCUACAAUUAAAUAAUUUAAAACGAACGAUUUUCUUGAUCUCAUCCAAUUUUGGUUCAACUAGAACCAACCUGCCCUUGAUGCUCAGUUUGAAUCCCUUCGUCGCCCGUUUUCAGAAGCCAAACUCGCUGCUGUCACCGUGAUUUUCUCAACAUGCCAUGACUUUCGCAAAUGACUUUUAUGAAACUGGAACGCUACUAUAGUUGCCUUGCGGAGUCGGGAAGGAGAGAAAUUGCCAUGUUAUCUUGUGCAUAUCAAAAUGUAUUUAUAUUUAUAUGCGUAUAUAUAUAUAUAUGUAUUGAUACGUUAUGAAACCCUUCUACCGAGGUCUUUCUUUCAGUUGGUCUCAAAGGUGCCACAAGGAAGGUGCGUUUGUGAAACCCUGCCAAUGGAGGUGGCAAGACUUUUGCAAUACACAACGAAACACAAAAUAGGAAGGAAAAUAAA